AUGUCAAGUAUUCGUAGUGAGUCAGAAUCAACUGAUGAAAAUACGAUCUUACCGAGUGAAGCUGAUAGCCCAAGGACAAUUACCGAUCUCGACAAUGAGUCCGCACCGCUGGACGUGAUCUUCGAACCAACUAGUUACAAGUACAAUCAUUACAAGGAAGCAACCAAUUAUGACACAUUACUAUCUGAUCAACUGAUAAAAGUCCAAGAGCCUUUAUAUUCAGACGCUGAUUCCACGCAUUGUUCUACAUCCAUAGUAUCUCCUUCUACGUUGAUUUUGGAACCUUCAGUUUUAACUGAGGAAGAAAUUGCUGGGAACAUAACGCGUAAAGUUGAUGUAAGAGCGAAAAAUUAUUCGAGCGACAAUGAAAGUUGUUCUACUUUUAGAGAUUCUUCAGAUAAUGAAGCUUAUAUUCAAAAACGAAAAAAAAAUAAAGUUAUCGAUAAUACUAUUCGUACAAGCUUUUAUCGCAAUUUAUCAUCCACUACUUCUACAUCCUCAACAACUGACAAUACAAAAUAUGAAUACCAACAACCUAAAAUUAAAUCAUGUUCAAAAUUUAGAACAGUUAUUAAUUUUAGUAAAUCAAAAUUUGAAAUAAGGAAUUAUUUUGUGCCAGGAAACGAAGAUUGGAAAAAGUUAAAUAUGUCAUUGCACAAUUUAGAUAAUUUAAAUUAUUUUAAUAAACUAGAUAGAUCACAUAAGGAAGUAGAAGAAAAUUUAACUAUGACUAAUAAUUUAGCCGUAAUAGAAAAUUUAGGCACUUCACCUAGUUCUGAUUUCUCUGAAACGUCAAAUAUUUCAAAAUCAUCGAAUUCUUCUCAAACUUUCACUGCAUUUCCAAAUAAUGAUUUUGAUGCGCCAUCUCAAAUUUUGAGUAAACAUAAAUAUUUCAAACCUUCUGACAAAGAUUGGAAAAGACUGCAAUGGUCAGUAGAUGAAUCAAAUUGGAAUAUCACCAACAAUAUUGUAGAUAUGAAAUUUUCUGCAGGAAAAACCACUUAA